UAGGACCCGGAAAUUGGAGCCACAUCCAGCAAUCACCGCCAUAGCACUCGCAGUAGGCCCCACCCAUCCUAUAAAAACCAGCAUCUCCGACACACUUCCUUACCUGUCUACAACUCAUACUCCUCCAACCAUCGCAACUUGCCAUUCACACACAAACAGUGAAUCAGAUCUUGUUAUAUACAAACACACACGCUCUUCAUCCUCCUCGCAUUGUGUCAAACAAAUGACUCGUGAGUCGGGUGAUCCCCAGUUCUGGCUGCCUCCCAUGUUUCUGUCUGAUGAUGUUUUUAAGGAAACGGAGUUGAUGCCGAGGCCCCUGUCCCGCUCCAACUCGGGGUUUAGUUCCCCCGGGGAUUCUUCCGUGGCGUCCACGAGAACCGAGAGUGAUGAGGACGAGUUUCUCACUGAGUUGACGAGGAGACUCACCGGCUCCCUUCACCUCUCCCGUGAUAUUCGCAAGCCGGAACCAAAUCUUGGUCUUAUGCCUAGCGACAAAACAGAUACGUUACGGAAGAUGCUUGCAUCCCCUCAAUCCACCCUGAAAGAUGAGAAAGCGGGUAAAAUAACAAGGCUUGAACAAAAUUGUACUAGUGAAUAUAUCCAUUUUUGGGCUGCUGCUCAAAAACCAAAACCAAGCCUCGACUCUGUUCCCUCGAACACUAAACAUCAUGCGCAUCACUCCAAUCAGCGCAUCUUGUAUCUUGGAACACCAGGCUUAUCUCACUCUGCCUGGCCUACUCUGCAACAAUCUCAAUCUCAUAAACAUCCACCCCCUGUUUCUUGGAGCACCAGAGUUGCUCUUCUUAGUAAUAAUGGUGGAUCUUCGGGUACUGGCGUUUUCUUGCCGUUGCCACGUCCUGUUGCAACAACUCCAACUCAAAUGCCUCGCGGGAAGCACCCAGGGGGUCCAAAGCAAAGAAAUGUAUCGGCAGAGUCAGAGCAGAGAAUGGAAAUGUCACGGACACCGGCGGCGGUGGAUGAUGAGAUCCGGCUUCCUCAGGAGUGGACUUACUGACUCAUUCUAGAUCGGAUCAAUUUACAUAAAAAAAGAAUGACGAAGAAGAAAGUUAGGGACCGAAAUAAAUAGUUUACAAGCUGUUACUAAGAAAUGAUAAUAAAUUAGGGGGAAAAGUUUUUUGGGUCAGUGUCAUAGCGGCAGCUUAAAUCUUUUGCGGUACAUGUGAAAGAUUCUAGUGGAUGUCGGUUUUCCCCUGUGUUAUUUUAUUUAUUGGAAAAGAAAAUUUUAAUACUAAUGUGUUUCUAAAUUCUUUAUUUUAA